CUUACUUGAAACCCACUAUUUGUGAACAAGUGAUUUCAAUGUGCAUGUUUCAUAUAUGCUGUUAUUUAAACACAGAUUCCCCAGUUACAACAACCAUCAGUCAAGUGUACAUUGUCGUCAAUCAAAAUAUGACGUCACAGUUCAAUUUCACCUGCAGCGUGACGUCAGCAUGUCACGAGUACACCAUAGCGCUGUAUUCCGGGGGCAGCCUCCACCUCGGUGAAGGCGGCUCCUAUGGGUGUUCCACUGCGAUGACGAGCGACGGUGGCAUGAACAGGUCCUGCACCUUCAAUGUCAGCGAGGAGUUGAUAAAGAGCCAGGAGAACCUUGACGUUGCAUGCGUGCUGCUGAAAGACAACGCUGUUGCUAAGCAACAAGCGUUCCAGUUACCGACUUGUUGGGAUGUACGGCCAGAGUGCAACUGUAGCUUCACCAAGUUCGGCUGUGACACCCUGUGUGACAUAUUUAAGUCAUGUUUCCAUGACAACGAUUCUACCCGCUACCAGAAGUCGGUGUUGCCAGCCAUGGCUCCAGGAAAUUCAAGCUGCACGACAAUGUGUACGUCAAAAUGGUGCCAGGAUGCCUCUGAGGGGAACAAAACCGCGCACACCAACACCGAUAUGAUGCGCGCCAUUUGCAAAAAACCUUAAAUUGUCGACAUUAUUUGUGUGUUGAAUAUGUACAAUGCAGAAUCUAACCUGAUUCUCAGUAAGAAUAUUUGGCCAUUUAAAAAGCAGAUCA